UGGAUGCAGAGCACCAACGUAGGCAGGAAGAAGGGAUCAGCCUUGGAUGUAGAAUGACUGUCACUGAACCACCUAACCCAGACUCCUGUGAAGUAUUAGGAGAUGAUGCUUUGACUAGGCUUUCCAGGCUGAACUCUGUCCACCUGCCAUUCCUGCUCCUCACUCUUAGGUCUGGUCUCUCGGGUCACCACAGAACAAAUGCCUGGCACAUAGUAGGCAUUUAAUAAAUGCUCACUGGUUGGGUUAUAACAUCUCUGACCAAGGAUCAUCCAGCUGCCAAACAGGGCACAUUCUCACACCUUCCUCCCAGGCAGGUGAGGAUGGGAAAGAGGAUGCUCCAUCCAACAGCCUGACAAGGUGACGUGGGUCACACCAUCCAACAGAAGGCCAGGUACCAGCCUGCUCUCUGUACUACACAACCAUGCUGAAGCCCAGUGGGCUGAAGAUCCCCAACCGGGGAGGAAAGCACUCCAGCCCUGUGGGCCGAACCUCUUCUGGGUCAUCCUCGGCUGUGGCCACUACCGGCUCUAAGGAAGGCUCUCCUCUGCACAAGCAGGCGUCUGGACCCACGGCGGCCACCACCACCCCCGCAGAGAAGCCGUGCCCCAAGGUGGCAGAGGUCGGCGAUGACUUCCUCGGGGACUUUGUGGUGGGCGAACGGGUCUGGGUGAACGGGGUGAAGCCCGGAGUCGUCCAGUAUCUGGGAGAGACGCAAUUCGCGCCUGGCCAGUGGGCUGGCGUGGUCCUGGAUGACCCUGUGGGCAAGAAUGAUGGCUCCGUGGGUGGUGUCCGCUACUUUGAGUGCCAGCCGCUACAGGGCAUCUUCACCCGACCCUCCAAACUGACACGGCAGCCGACCGCAGAGGGCUCAGGGAGCGACGCUCACUCUGUGGAGUCACUGACCGCCCAGAAUCUAUCCCUGCAUUCUGGAACGGCUACGCCCCCUCUGUCCACCCGGGUCAUCCCCCUUCGGGAGAGCGUCCUCAACAGCUCCAUGAAGACAGGCAACGAGUCUGGCUCCAACCUCUCAGACAGUGGCUCCGUCAAGAAGGGGGAUAAGGAUCUGCGGCUUGGAGAUCGUGUCCUGGUUGGCGGGACGAAGACGGGUGUUGUGCGCUACGUUGGGGAGACGGACUUCGCCAAGGGGGAGUGGUGUGGCGUGGAGCUGGACGAGCCCCUCGGGAAGAAUGAUGGGGCCGUGGCAGGUACCAGGUACUUCCAAUGUCCUCCCAAAUUUGGCCUCUUUGCUCCCAUCCACAAAGUCAUCCGGAUCGGCUUUCCAUCCACCAGCCCAGCCAAGGCCAAGAAGAGCAAGAGGAUGGCGAUGGGCGUCUCAGCUCUGACCCACAGUCCCAGCAGCUCGUCCAUCAGCUCCGUCAGCUCCGUGGCCUCGUCGGUUGGGGGCCGGCCCAGCCGCAGUGGACUGUUGACAGAGACAUCGUCCCGCUACGCCCGUAAGAUCUCAGGCACUACAGCCCUCCAGGAGGCUCUCAAGGAGAAACAGCAGCACAUCGAGCAGCUACUGGCCGAGCGAGACCUGGAGCGGGCCGAGGUGGCCAAGGCCACCAGCCACAUCUGUGAGGUGGAGAAGGAGAUCGCCAUCCUGAAGGCUCAACAUGAGCAGUAUGUUUCAGAAGCGGAAUCCAGCCUCCAGCGGGCGCGAGCACUGGUGGAGAGUGUGCAGAAGGAGAAGGUGGAAUUACUGAACCAGCUGGAAGAGGAGAAGAGGAAAGUGGAAGACCUCCAAUUCCGGGUUGAAGAGGAGUCCAUCACUAAGGGAGACCUAGAGACUCAGACGCAGCUGGAGCAUGCUCGAAUUGGAGAGCUAGAGCAGAGCCUGCUGUUUGAGAAGGCACAGGCAGAAAAGCUGCUCAGAGAGUUAGAGGACAAUCGGAUGACAACAGUGGCAGAGAAGUCGAGAAUCCUGCAGCUGGAGGAGGAGCUGAGCCUUCGGCGUGGGGAGAUCGAGGAGCUUCAGCAGUGCCUACGGCAGGCGGGCCCUGCAGACCCCUCGGACACCAGUCCAUCCUCCGAGGCCCUGCGGCUCCGGGAGCAGCUGCUGUCCGCCAGCAAGGAGCACCAGAAGGAGAGCGGGCUGCUCAAAGACAAGUACGAGAAGGCCCUGAAGGCCUACCAGCUCGAGGUGGAGAGGCUGAAGGCCACCAACGAGAAGUACGCUCAGGAGAUCAUGGACCUGAAGCUCAAAGUCCAGCAGGCCACCAGCGAGAACAUGGGACUGAUGGACAACUGGAAAUCCAAGCUGGACACACUGGCUUCCGACCACCAGAAGUCACUGGAGGACCUGAAGGCCACCCUCAACUCGGGCCCCAACACCCAGCACAAGGAGAUCGUGGAGCUGAAGGCCGUGAUGGAGAGCAUCAAGCUGGAACACCAGCUGGAGCUGGGCAACCUACGUGCCAAGCACGACAUUGAGACUGCCGUCCUGGCCAAGGAGAGGGAGAGCCUCGUGGGGAAACUGGAGCAGGCCCGCGGUGAGCUGGAGGAGGUACGCCUUCACUGGAAGGCGCAGCUGGAAGCCAGGUCCAACCAGCACCUGCUGGAGCUGCAGGAGGCCAAGGACCAGUGCAGGGACGCUGAGCUGCGCGCCCAAGAGCUGGGCAAGCUGGACGGCGAGUGCAAGGAGCAGGCCCAGGCCAUCGAUUUCCUGAAGGAGCAGAUCUCCCUGGCGGAGAAAAAGAUGUUGGACUAUGAGGCGUUGCAGAGGACGGAGGCCCAGAGCAAACAGGAAAUCCAAAGGUUACAGGAAAGACUCUUGGUGACAGAGAAUAAACUACAGACCAUGGAAUCCCUCUGCUCUUCUCAGCACUCUGAUGUGAUCGAGACAAAUGACAUUUCAGAAGAGAAGAUCAGAAUGAAACAGACGAUGGAGGACUUACAGGACAAGCUGAGUAAGAGAGACAAAGAGGUGGCGUCCUUGGUAUCACAGGCUGAGAUGCUCAAGGCCCAAGUAAGUGCCCUGGAAGGCAAGUGUAAAUCAGGAGACAAGAAGGCAGAUGCCCUCCUGAAGGAGAAGAAGCGGCUAGAAGCUGAGCUCGAGGCUGUGUCCCGGAAGACCCAUGAUGCCUCUGGGCAGCUGGUGCUCAUUAGCCAGGAGCUGCUGAAAAAAGAGCGGAGUCUGAACGAGCUGAGGGCUCUGCUGCUUGAAGCCAAUCGUCACUCCCCAGGGCCAGAGAGGGAUCUGAGCCGCGAGGUUCACAAGGCCGAGUGGCGGCUCAAGGAGCAAAAACUCAAGGAUGACAUCAGAGGGCUGAGGGAGAAACUGGUUGUGCUGGACAAAGAGAGAUCAGCAUCGGACCAAAGGCGCUAUUCCCUGAUUGACCCGUCCUCAGAGUCGGAGGUCCUACGGCUCCAGCAUCGCCUGGUCAGUACAGAGGAUGUCUUACGCAGUGCUCUAGAACAAGGCCAACAGAUGGAGAAGCUCAUGGAGGCCAUGAGGAGUUCCCCUGAAAAAUCCCAGACCAUUGGCAAUUCUGGUUCCACCAAUGGCAUCCAUCAACCAGACAAGACCCGCAAACAAGAGGAGAAGCACUGACCACAGGAGGAGAAGGUGGAGAGAGGCCCAUUUCACGCCCGGAUUCACUCGCUCGCCUGGGCAGCCAUGCACCCUACCGCUCGCUUCCGGCUUCUCCUCCAGGCACUUGGCCAAGAUUGUCCCUUCUGAGACAGGAAUGGUGUUUGUAACAAUAGUGUACUAACAGAUGUGGACAAUCCCCCUCCCUUCUCCCCUCUCCCACCUCCCGGCCCGUAUCCCACCUCCCUGACCGGGAGGAGUCCACAGGCACAGGUCCUGCUGGUAGGAGCCAGUUUGGCCCCCUCCUAUCUUCCCUGCCCCCUCCCCUGUGGCCUCUAGUCUCCGAUCUGGACACUUGGGGAAGCCCUGGAAGGCUUCUAGAAUCCAAUGUGGAAGGUGUCUGUGAGUGUAUAUGUGUGUGGCUGGGAAGACUCUGGCCUCGGAGAGUCCAGAAUUAUGAGCCUCGCCACCCCCCCAUGAACAGGAGCAACUUGGAGCAUGGCCCCUGGGGAGCUGGGCCUCCCUCUCUGCCCGGCGUCCCCUUACCCUCAGAGGCCUUGACCUUGCGAGCCAGGAAACAGAGGGGCUAUCCCAGGACAGCUGCUGUUCUUGAAAGGGCAUCUGGGGUGACAGGAAUCCCUGCACUGACUCCCAGCCCACCAGGGGAGACCAAUGAAGCCGCCGGCUGAGACAGAAGGAUUGGAGUGAGCAGUCUGUGGGAAACUUUCCUCCCUGGGGGUCCCCUUGCCCCCUUCCUCCCUGCUGUGUGAUGCCACUCAUGGUACCAAGUCCCCUCCUCAGCCAACCUCGUCUACUUUUCAUACAUGCCAUUCCUCCAUUCAGAGAAAUUUACUGUGUUAUGGUGAGUUACCUAACUCCCUGACUUCCCUUUUCACGUCUUAAGCCCUCCCUGGUCCUCCACGCUUAGCUUCCUUCAGCUGUUGGCACGAGCUUAAUGCUAGCCGGCUGGUGGGUGAGAGAGAUGGCAUUGUAGAUGCUGGUGGGCCAGCCCCGUGACCUUCCUUUGGCCCCCUCUGCUAGCCUGCAGCUGUGAGCCCUGGGGCGUGGGUGGACGUCCCAGCUCUUAGACUUAGGAAGAAGUCCUCAGUAAUAGAGAACUGGGAGGGAAAGAGAUGUGCAGACAUCGGCCUCUAUAACCCAUCCCUCUGCCCCCAUGGUAGGCUGGCCAGAGGACCUAGGCUGGGGAUGGAGCCGGGAGGAGCUGAGCCAAGAUUGGCUCCCACUGCCAUCCCGUGAUGCCGUCAGACUUGUUCUCUUGGGCCUAAGCCGGCCUCACACUGGUCCCAGCUCCUCAUGAGGAGCACCAGCAUCCUCCCCCUCCCAUUUGUUCCUUUCCUUGGAGCUGAGGGAGGACAGCCCCCGUUGGACUCCCCAGAGCUUCAGUUGUCUCUCUUGCUAGACAGAGCAGCCAACUGAGACCCCAUCCCCGUAGCUUGGGGAUGAGGCCAAUCAUACCGCCCUUCCUCUGGAGCUGGAAAGAAGCCAGAGGCCAGCUACUCCAGCCAGCCCAUUAUGUAGAUGAAGAUACUGAGGCCCGGGAAGAUUGUGACUUGGGAUCAUGGAGGGCCCUCAGAAGCCAACCUCUCAUAGAGAAAACUGAGGCACAGAGAGGUGCAGGGCAGGAAGGAAGUUGCUGCCUAGACUGGCUGAUGGACAUCCAGUUGUCCAUGGAUCCAACAAAGGGAGACAUGCUAGGCUUUAGAGCGGGAUGAGACCUCAAAGGUUCUCUCAUCUAAUCCCAUUCUGACAGGUGGAUGAACGUAAGCCAAGAGAGGGGAAAUCAUUUUUUCUAAGGUCACUUGGAGAACGAAGGGCAGAGAUUCGAACCCGGUCCUCUGACCCCAAAUCCACCCUCCUUUGUGGCCUCAGGUAUAAGCUAGCACAGUGAUGCACUAACACAUGCUCAUUCCAGCUUUUCCCAGCUAGGAGGAAGGCAAUGCCGUGGAACAUUGUCAGGGUGGGAGGCUGGGGGUACUCCAUGCACUUCUCUCCCUCCCUGUCCCCAUCACUUACCCAUCAGCCAACUCAACCGGACCAAAAUCAGGAGCCUGGCCCUGGCCAGAGAGACCCGAGUUCAAAUCUCAGGCAGCAACUAUACGGCUCUGAUUUGGUUCCCGUCCGAAUCUGAGGGAGAAAUCUCUCGGGCCGCAUUUCCCUAUGAGCUUCAGAGAGACCCCCGAGGCAUUGCUGUCUGUGCGUGUUCUGCUGGGGGUUUUGUGGGUGGAUGUGACAUUCCAGAAAAGAGGCUUCUUCCCCUCCCCUUAAAAACAAACAUCCUGACACAUCAACAUCUACAGGGACAAAAAUCCAUUUUAUAAACAUUCAUUUAACACUUGUUGUAUACGCGGGGGUUUCCUUGUUGGAGAUUCCCCAUUGUAGAGAAAUCACAGAUCUCAAAAGCAGAGACUAGAGGUCUGGUCUUGGAGUGAGGAAGACUCAGGUUCGAAUCUGCCUCUGACACUUAGAUCCCAUCUGUGACCCACAGGCAACUAACUCCCCAGAAUCUGGGUACUAAGUCGCAGAUGAGUUGAGAUCUGUCCUAGUGAGGGGAGUUUCCACAAUGGGAGUGUACUCUGACAGCAUACAUCCUUCACAUACUCAAGCCUGUGCAACAUACCUACAGAUGCAUGGAUACACCACCCAAUGGCCUCCUUCCCCAGGACUCUGAGGCGCUAGAUUUCCAUUUGGUGUCUGUCUCUGGCUUGAGACCCCACUCACACCCCAACCCUGGGUUCUAGGGAACCAGCCCUCCCAGGACAUGGGGAGAUGACUCCUGUUUUUUUCUGUCCCACGAGGUGUUUGGGUGACGGCUGGUGUCUCCACCGACGGACAGCGGCCGGGGUCACCGGUGCCUGGAUCUUGGUCCUUCAAAGCACUAACCAGCUCUUCCCCAAGGCCAUCUUGCUUCUGUCUCUGUGCUCUACAGGACCCUCCAAUAGCAGGGCAGCCAAUUAAAUAACCAAAGUUCCCAGCAGGCCAGCACUUACCCGGAUCCUCUUAGGCUCAUAGGGGUUAGAGCUGGAAGGACCCCCAGAUCAUCGAGUCCAGAGAGGUUGUGACUUACCUUAGGUCACACAGGUAAUAAGUCGACGAGCCAGACUUGAACCCGGGUCAUAGAGGGGAUGACAGAAUUAGAGCUGGUUGGGACCUCAGAAGCCAACUCGUCCAGAUAAGGAAACCGAGGCCCAGGUCACACCAGUAGCGAGGCUCCGACUCAGGUCCUCUGACUUCCAACCCAGCUUCUCUCUGCGCUAUAGUCCAGGUAUUCUGCCUCCAAAUCCUUUCUUUGAUACCAGGUUGCCUCCCUCGUAGGAUUGCCAGGGGACCAAGGCCAGUAGAAUAAAUACCCCUCCUCCAGCCAUGCUGGUCCUUGCCUCCCCUCGCUAAGAACAGUCUUCCCCCUGCUUGUUCACUGCUGCCUUCCUGCCGCGUAGAACCUCAGUGAGACUUGAUGACACCCCUACUCCCUCUUCCCUUGUCCCCCUGUGACGCAAUGGGACAGGCCCAUUGCGGGGUCCCGGGCUUCCGAGCCAGUAAGGGCCUUCGCAUCAUCGAGUGCGCAUCUCCUCAUUGACUGGGGGAGGAGGAAGCCGAGGUAAGAGUGAUCAUGAAAAUCUCCUUUAGUAUCCCAGGGCUGCUAGGAAGGUUACGCCCCAGGAACUGUGCCCAGGUAGGUACCCUGUCGGAUGUAGAAAUAUGCCCCCCAUGUCUGGUGCAGGUUGAGCAACACUAGAGAGUUCACACCCCCUGCCCCACCUGGAUCUUCUAUGCUGUUUUCAGUUAAAACAGCGACAUAUUUAGGAAACUUUUAACACCCUAAUCCAAGCUCAAAUCCUCUGUUACUUUCAUCAGGUUCUGACCACUCUUUGCGACCUAGGAAGGGAAGGGUUAACUCACUAAAAUCUCGUAGACUUCCUGUCAGCAGAAUCAUGGCGGCUGUGGAUGGAUGGGUGAGCUGGGGCAUAGAAUAGGGUGGGGACCUCUUACCUGGGCCAGCACAGUGCAAGCCAGUCGCUUAGGCCUCUGGGGUAGGGUUGUGUCUGACUCAGAGUCCUGGAGAGAGAGAGAGAGAGUUGAUUUCUCUGAUAAUGUCUGUUUGGGGGUCUAGUUUUGUCUUGUUUGGGUCUUCCUCUGUUCAAAUGUUGUACAAACUGAUGAGUUUCAGACUGUCAGUCGGGUCUGUUACCAUGGAUCACAGCCUCCCCUUAUCCCUUCCCUCCCUCCCCCUUCCUGAAACUUGAAUUGAUAAAGUGUGGUGAGUUCCUACUAAGAACAAUAAACUUGUGGCUGAGGUCUGGGA